AUGGAACCAAUGCCCAACAUUGUAACGGGAAAGAUGUUGAACUCAACAGCGAGAAACGCCACCAAAAUCGUCUUGCCACCGAAUUACGUCCAACUGCUUAACGAGAAGAUGGUGUGGGUUAUGAUUGUUCCUAUCAUUUAUGUGGCUGUGAUGAUGGUUAUUGGAUUGAUAGGCAAUAUCCUGGUGGUUUAUGUGUAUGGAUUCCGGUGGCAAAGAACUCCAAUCAAAUGUUUUAUCACAACGUUAGCUGUAUUCGAUCUCAUCAACUGUACUAUCACCAUGCCAACUGAGAUCGCCAUUUUGGUGAACUUCUUCUCCUUUGACGCACACAUCUUCUGCAAGAUCUCUCGGUUCUCGACAUUUUGGAUGAACAAUAGUAGCGUGGUGUUGCUGUUCGCCAUUGCCAUCGACCGUUUCAUUAAGAUCUGCAUGCCGAACAAGAAGUCCUUUGAUUAUCACAAAGCGAAGGUUACCUGCACUGUAUCGACUAUCAUUGGGAUUGUGGUGUCAUGGCCGGCGCUGGUUGUAUACGGAAACAAGACCUUCCCCUUACCACCUAAUGGACAGUUUAUGGCAACCCAGUGCAGCGUUGCGGAUGGGCUGGAAAAGACGACGUUUCCGAUUGGAUUUUAUGUCUACCUGUGGGUGGCAUUUCUCGCCAUUGCCCUUGUGAUGAUCAUCUUGUACGCACUCAUCGGUGCCAAAAUAUGGAUGCAGAAAUCCAAGGGAGAUAAGCGGAAGAACUCCUUGAAAGCAUCGUUAAGAAGCACUGGAUCGAAUUCACAAGCAAACGACAAGGAAAUAUCAGUCAUCUCAGUUAAGAAGCUGGCUGAUGUUGAAAAGACCAACUCGAUGGAGCUGAGCGAUGAUGCAUUCGACGACAAUGCUACCAGUUCCUCUGACGAGCAAAAGAAAGUGCAGGUUCAAACGCCUGUAAAGAUGCCAGAGAAGAAAGAACCACGAACGUCUACGUCCAAAUCACCUCUGAAGUCCUUGUCCACAUUCUCAAGAAGUAUAAGCAUCAGCAAAUCUGGCCUUCAGGCUGGAAAGGCGACGAUGAUGUUAUUCGUCAUCACCAUGGUCUAUAUCCUCAGCUUUCUACCUUUCCUCAUUGUCUCCAUUUUACUCACUACCAGAGGACCAAUGUGGUAUAUCGCUAUGUCUCCCAAUUCCCAGAUGCUGGUUCAGCUGUUUAUGAGGUCCUAUCUGAUAAGCAAUACUGGUAAUGCCAUCGUUUACGGGUUUGGUAACCAGAAAUUCCGCGGCGAGUGCCGUAAAGCCUUUAAGAGGAUGUGUAGACGCAACAUUCGUUAGAAGAGGAGCUAUGACAUAUCAGAACAAUAUUUAUAGUGCUUCAUUUUAUUAAGAUUGCCAGCGGAUAGAGAUAGACUUAAGCUAACUGUAUAACUCUGCAGCGGUCUUGGAUGUAAAGGAGGAGACGCAAUCGCUGUUUUGAUAGAAGUAUGCAGUUAUUGGGGCACCCAAGGCGACCUGGAAACUUAGAUGAAUGCUCGACCACACGUCUUCAAGUAUACUUUACAGGACUAUUGUAAAUGAUAGAAAGGAGGGAGGGUGGGGGGCACUACAUAUAAGACUUCGUUUCAUGUUAUACAUUGUAUUUAUAUACAUUCAUUAUUAAACAAAGAAAUAUAACAAUAGUAGUUCGUGAUAGCGGAUUUCUAUCAAAUGGAUAAGACAAAGGGAAAGAUAACUCACUAAGGAAGGAGGUUAUUGGUUUAUGUACAAUAAAAUUCAAGAGAACAGUUGACUUUUUGUCUGUCUUUUGAGGUUAAAAUUACAAUUUCGUAAAGCCCACAAUUUUGACCCCAAGAGCAUGUGUAUUUGGUCCCUGAUGCUUUAGAUUGUUGGUCAUCCGAAAUAUGUCCAAAGCAUUGCAUACACACCCCUUUAUGGACCUCAAGCAUGAAAUCCCUACUGCCCUACAGUUAAAACAAAAAAACUAAAAACGAGCACUAUCUAACGCUUGAUCCGUUCAUAGUUCUUACGUGUCAUUCUUACGGUUCAUGCUUACACAUUGUUCCGACCAUCUUGCGUCUGAAGCGUUUAUAUGAAUCUGAAUAAUCCACGAAACGAAAAUGACAAAACUGUUUUAAUCAGAUUUGAUUACGCUUCGCUCUCGGUGUGCGCUCGUAUGGUCACUUUUCCACUCGGAGUCGUACCCGUAAGAUAUUUCUGAGAUUGUCCGUCCUUAGAACCACAGUAGAUCUUCUUGAAAAUCUUGUAGCAUUCUUCCUUAAAUUGUCCGUUUGAAAAACCGUAAAUGUAAGGAUUAACAGCACUGCUGAUCAUAAACGACUUGAGCGCAAGAUGGAAAAACACUUCACCUGCGUCUGACAAGUCCGUGAACAACUCCGGCAAGAUGGAUCGACAAAUAGAUACAAUUAUGUAAGGUAGACAACUCACAAUAAAAGUUAAGGUCAUGAAAAACACUAUACAUGUCGUACGUUUGCGGCUGUACAGUCUCUUGCGUUUCAUUGUAUGCGGACAAGCGUCAAUAGCUACUGACGGACGAGGCAUCUUUCCAUUUUGAAUGUUUGUUGCUAAGUUUUCUACGAUUUUUGCGUGCGAGUUGAUAUCCGAGCUGUAAUUAUCUGCUAUUGCUGGUGCUCGCUCCUUUGUCCGUAGAUCCGUGAGAAGCUUGCGUCUCCUCCAAAUCUUGGUUGCGAUCAGUGAAUAUAAAACACAUAAACACAUACAUGUGGCAAAGUACAACAAGAAUAAGAACACAUAAAACGCAAAAGGGUAGAAUGUUUGAGAAAGUUCGUCUCCAGUCGAGCAUUCCACGCCUGUUAUUGUAGGUGAGAGUUCUGUGGAUUUGCUGCCGAAUACUAACACAGCAGGCCACGAACACACACCACCGAUGAGCACAACAGCCACGCACGCACGGCGCG